UCUUUUCUGUCUAUGUAAUAGAGGCUCUAAAAUAACAUCGCCGUCAAAGUUAUCCUCUCUGGUUCCUAUCUCUCUAAUGGCGACUGUAAUAGAUUCAUCAUCAAAUAAUCACUUAAAUCUCGAUUCAAUUCCAACAAUUGAUCUACGACUUUUAUCUCAAUCUGAACUUCACUCAUUAUCAUCCCUUUCAUCAUCAUCGUCUUCAUCUAAUCAAUCUUUCAGUAGUAAUCUUCAUAUUAAUACUCACUCUGAAGAUCAAAUCAUAAACCCAGUAAUCAAUCGUUCCAUUUUCAACGAAAGUGCAGGUAGUCGUAAACAAACUUACUCUCGCCUUCGUUUAUUAUCAUCAUCCUCAUCAGUAAACCCUAAUAAUUCACAUAAAAAUCAAUCUAUUGCUACUGAUUUCGAUCCAGAAUCUAAAAAAAACAAGAAAAUUGUGUCUUUACUUCAUCAGUUGUUUACAAGAAACAGCCCCAGAGGUCUAAUUCAUCAAAAAGACUUGAACUUGAUUGGUGUGGAGAAGUUUCCAGUUGUGAAUUGUAACGGGGUUGUUAUUGAUUUCUCUGAAUUGGGUAAUUUGAGAGACCCAUUUGAUUCUGAAUUGCAAAAGAGAACAGCUGAAUUAAAUAGUGAAGAUGAUUUAUUAGGGUUUCUGAAAGAAUUAGAAGGGAUUUGGGGUAGUAGAAGAAAGAAGAGGAAAAUUGUUGAGGCAAGUGAUUUUGGAGAUUUUCUCCCAAUUGGCUGGAAGCUUUUGCUUAGCGUGAGGAAGAAAGACGGCAAAUUCUCAUUGUUCUGUCGCAGAUACAUAAGCCCAGACGGAUUGCAGUUUAAGUCUUGCAAGGAAGUUUCGUCAUAUUUGCUUUCUCUUUCUGGAACUCAAAAUGUGAAGCAGUCUGAAAUUCUCAAUUGUGCGGAGGACAUUGGUGUGGAAGUGUAAGCCAAGUUAUUUAGGCAAAGUUCCUUAGUUUACAACCCCUGCUGUGUUUUCAGGAGUUGAUACUCUGGAACAGUUUGACACAAGGGAGCAGUUUAGAAUGUCAAAGAGCAAUAAUAUUAAGAGGAGUUAGAAGACUACAUAUUUUGCAUGAUUGCACAAGUGAGUAUUCAUGAUCACAUUAUAUCUUCUAAAUUUUGAUGGGAUGAUAAUAAAAGUUGUCAGUUUCUGAUGUGAAUGACAUGCCAAGAUUAUUCCACAACCUUCGUCUGUCAGAUACAAUCAUGCACUGGUGAAAUGUAAAAUGAGCCUGACAUAUUUUGUCUUUUUGGUGAUUUUUGUAAUUAGGAUUACCAACUGUCAACAUGCUUGCAAACAUAAUCUAUAAUAACCAAUGAAGCUUACAUUUGCGCA